UUCGCGUUCGCGCAAAUAAAGGGUGACAUCUGUCUCGUCCAAGUACCCGACGCUCCCGCCCCCGGCGCAAUGUCCUCCGCGCUCAUGGCCGCGGACGUCGCCGUCUUCCGGCACGAGUUCAUCACCCAGUUCCGCUACUCGCACAGCGCAAGCGUGCACCCCGCGGACAUGCACAUCCUCGAGCCGAUCGCGGACCACUGCACACUGUAUGAGGAGGACAAGGGCACGGUCUUCCUCGCGCGCGACGUCAUGGCGCGCCUCACGAAGCUCACCAUGGCCGCGCGC